AUGCUUUCAGCGAACAUAUUUAUGCUCUCUCUCUCUCUCUCUCUCUCUCUCAUCAUCCACUUCCUAUAUAGAACGCCUCCAAUCUCCCUUCAUCUCUCCAUCUCUCUCCCUCUCUACACAAUCAAUGUUGCAGUAAAAUAGCUCCAUUUUCGACUCCGUGAUCGUCUUCGGCUCUCAUUUUCGUGUUUGAUCGACACUUCAUUCUCCAAGAAGCUCACAGAUCAACGAUUUCUGACUAUCUUGAGCUUUAGUAGUAAAUACGGUUGUUUAAGAGGCAAAUCAGAUCUACAGAGAGAUAUUCAAAACUAUGUCGUUCACCGGCACACAACAGAAAUGCAAGGCCUGUGAGAAGACGGUUUAUCCAGUUGAGUUGUUGUCUGCGGAUGGAGUUUCUUAUCAUAAAUCAUGCUUUAAGUGCAGUCACUGCAAAGGAACACUCAAGCUGAGCAAUUACUCCUCAAUGGAGGGUGUUCUGUACUGUAAGCCUCACUUUGAGCAGCUCUUCAAGGAGACGGGUAGUUUCCACAAGAACUUCCAAUCACCUGCAAAGUCAGCCGAGAAGUUAACUCCAGAGCUGACAAGGUCACCCAGCAAAGCUGCUAGCAUGUUUUCUGGGACUCAAGAAAAAUGUGCAACAUGUGGUAAAACGGCUUAUCCACUUGAGAAGGUGACUGUGGAGAGCCAGAGCUAUCACAAGUCAUGUUUUAAGUGCUCUCAUGGUGGCUGCGCUAUCUCUCCAUCAAAUUAUGCAGCCCUCGAGGGCAUUUUGUAUUGUAAACACCAUUUUUCCCAGCUGUUUAAGGAGAAAGGAAGCUACAACCAUCUUAUCAAGUCUGCAUCAAUGAAGCGCCCAACGGCCUCUGUUCCAGAAUCUUAAACUCAUAUCCUUGCUAAUUGUCUAUUUUUUUGCACGGGCUUGUUUUGUUUUGAGUGUAUCUUCAUGAUUUCUCUUUGAUCUUUAUGCUGGAAAACUGACUACUUGGGUCUUUUGCGUCUUAUUUUGUUGUUGUUUGAUUGAUAUGUGGGAUUCACACAUUCACAUUUCCAGGAAAUGGCUUUUGGCAGGGCUCACCUGCCAAUGAGGCUGUGUGCCCGCCUCCGUGUCAUCUUCUUCCUAACGGUUGUUAAUGGAAGUUCAAGGUGAUUUUUAUUUUAUUUAUUUAUUUAGAUUAUUGAAGUUUUUAGUAACCGUA